CCAUGAAUAAUAAAAAUUGACAUAUAUUCAUUCCAUAGAAGCACUUCUUGGUUUCCUGCACUCUUUGUCUCCCUACCCUCAUGUGAUCUCUUUAGUUUGCAAAAAUCAGGAAAAAAUCAUGGCUGGAGAAGCACUUCUCGGCGCUGCAUUUGGAGUGCUGCUCGACCGUUUGACUUCCAAGGAGUUCAUCAACUUCUUCCGGGGUCGAAAGCAUGACGAAAGGCUCCUCAUAAAUCUGAAGCUGAAGUUGCUUGGACUUAAUAAGGUGCUCAAUGAUGCAGAGGACAAGCAGAUCACUGAUCCAACUGUGAAACAAUGGCUCGACGAGCUGAAAGGUGCCCUUUACGACGCCGAAGACUUGGUGGAUGAGAUUGCUACUGAGGCUUUGCGGUGCAAGGUGGAAGCCGAGUACCAAAGCGUCCCAAACCAGGUACAGUCUCUGAUCUCGUCCUUCACUAAAUUAUUUGACGAUGAGACAGAGUCCAAGUUAGAGAAGAUGAUUGAUACGUUAGAAGAUUUUUCAAAAGAAAAAGACGUACUUGGUUUGAGAGAAGUUGCUGGACGGAACUGGUCCCAAACCAGGUUGCCAACAACUUCUUUGGUGGAUGAAUCCUGUGUUUACGGACGGGAGAAUGACAAGGACGAGAUAAUGAAAUUGUUGCUGUCUGAUGGAGAAAGUAGUAAUAAGAUAGAUGUGAUUCCAAUUGUCGGGAUGGGUGGGGUGGGCAAGACCACCCUUGCUCAACUUUUGUACAAUGAUGGCAGAGUGGAUGCGCAUUUUGAGAAGACAGCAUGGGUUUGUGUAUCUGACCUAUUUGAUGUUUUAAGGGUCACGAAAACGAUUGUUGAGAAAGUUAUAAGGGGGCCUUGUGAGGAAAAGGACCUAGAUUCACUUCAUGUCAAGCUGAAGGAAUUAUUGAGUGGGAAAAAGUUUCUUAUUGUCGUGGAUGAUGUUUGGAACGAGAACCCUGGCCAUUGGGAUGUCUUGAUGGCUCCUUUCAGAUUUGGAGCACAUGGGAGUAAGAUUAUCAUUACGACGCGCAAUAGGAGCGUUGCUUCUAUUGUGCAAACAGUUCCUAUUUACGGUUUGCAAAAAUUACGAGAAGAAGAUUGUUGGAAAUUGUUUUCCAAAUAUGCAUUUGAGAAGGGAGAUUGCAAUGAACAUCGUAACCUUGAAAGGAUUGGUAGGAAGAUAGUGAGAAAAUGUAAAGGUUUGCCUUUAGCUGCAAAAACACUGGGUGGUCUUUUGCGCUCCCAACGAGACAUUAAGGAUUGGAAUAAUAUACUGGAAAGUGCCAUAUGGGAAUUAUCGGAGGAGAAGAGUAACAUCCUUCCAGCCUUAAGAUUGAGCUAUCAUUAUCUUCCCUCCCAUUUGAAAAGAUGUUUUGCUUUCUGUUCCACAUUUAUUAAGGAUUAUGAAUUUGACGUGAAGGAAUUAGUCUCAAUUUGGAUGGCGGAAGGGUUUUUGGUGAAACCCAAGAAUAAUAAGACAGUGGAAGAAGAAGGUUAUGAGUGGUUCCACGAAUUGCUUUCAAGGUCAUUUUUUCAGAGAUCCAAUCAUGUUGAUUAUUUGUUUGUCAUGCAUGAUCUUGUUCAUGAUUUAGCUCAACAUGUGAUGGGAGAUUUCUGUUAUAGGCUAGGGGAUGACAAGCCAUGUGGUACAUCUGAGAAUGUACGCCAUUUCUCGUAUGUUCGACGUAACUUUGAUGGCGUUGAUAAGUUAAAGGUAAUUAAGGAUGCUAAGUGUUUGAGGACUUUCCUUCAAAUAGACCCUAGAACCAAUUACUAUGUUUGGCGGAGCGAAAAGGUGUGGUUGAGCAAUAAGGUGUUUGAUGAGAUUAUUUCAGGAAUGCCACGUUUACGGCUGCUAACUUUGCCGGGAUAUGGCGUUGAGGAAUUGCCUUAUUCAAUUGGCAAACUGAUCCAUCUACGCUUUUUGGACCUCUCCUACAGUCAAAUCACUCAGCUGCCUGAAUCCGUCUGUACACUGUAUAAUUUGGAAACAUUGUUGUUAUCUCAUUGUCGUUUUCUUACAACUUUACCGGCAGAUCUUGGAAAACUUAUUUCAUUGCGUCUUUUUGAUUUAAGCGAAACCAGCCUAAAAGAGAUGCCAGUGAAUAUAAGUAGGUUGAAAAAUCUCCAACGAUUAACUGCUUUUGUAGUGGGAAAGUGCAGCGGGUCAGGUAUCAAUGGGUUGAAAGAGCUUAAUAGUCUUCGUGGAGCAAUCACCAUCUCAGGUUUGGAAAAUGUCACAAGCCGCGACGACGCAUCAGAAGCAAAGUUGAAGGAGAAAAAGCACCUUAAAUCGAUAACUUUGGAAUGGGGUAGCACUGCGGAGGAUUCACGGAAGGAAAGAGAUGUACUUGAAAACCUAGAGCCUCCUACAAACUUAGAGUUCCUUGAUAUUAAAAACUAUGGAGGCAUUAAAAUUUCCUACUUGGUUAGGAGAUCAACCGUUUGGCAAUAUGGUGUCGUUAACUUUGGUGAAGUGCGAGAAUUGCUUUUCCUUGCCACCACUCGGCCAAAUGCCGUCUCUUCAGGAAAUAUGGUUGGAGGAUUGUCCAGAAAUUGAGUUUUUUCCAGAAGGGGGUCUGCCCUCCGGAUUAACUUUUCUUCAAAUAUGGAAUUGCAAGAAACUGAAGUCUCUGCCAGAACAAAUGCACACCCUCCUCCCAUCUCUUCACUCAUUAAUUUUAUAUGGCUGUCCAGAAAUUGAGUCUUUUUCGGAAGGGGGUCUGCCCUCCAAAUUAGAUUAUCUAUCUAUCGGUAAUUGUGAGAAACUUGUUGGUGGCCGAAGAGAUUGGGGUUUGCAAGCAUUACCCUCCCUCACAUGCUUUUCGCUGAAGGGUGAAUCUGAAGAUGUGUUGGAGUCGUUCCCAGAGGAGGGGCUGCUGCCCCCCACUCUUACAUAUCUCUGCUUCAGACAUCUGGUGAAUCUCAAAUCACUCAACGGAAGGGGCCUUCAACCUCUUGUCUCUCUCGAAGAAAUGUAUAUUACCGAUUGCCCACAGCUCCAAUCCUUGUCGGUAGAGAGGCUUCCCAUUUCCCUCUCAAAGCUGGAAAUUUGGGACUGUCCGUUGGUGGUACCUCGUUGCCGCAGGGCGGAAGGAGAGGACUGGCAUAAGAUUGCUCACAUCCCUCGUAUAUAUAUCGAUGGUGAAGUAUAAGCUAUUCCCACUGAUCAGGUGAUGACUGCAACUUUCCAACGUCCUUAUUUGGUUUUCAAUUUUCGGGGUUUGGAAGUUAGCUGACUGGUAGUGAACCGUUGGAGGCAUGUACAGCUAUGCAGGUUGGUAUUCUACUGAGUAUAAGCUCUUGCUGAAUCACAAAAUCUCAAUCAUGGCUAGCUGUUAUCUGAUAAGAACUUUUGGUCCGGUUGCAUUGAGUGGCUUCUAAAAGCAGGUUGAUCUUGGGUGGCCAAAAUUAUAUGAGAAGUGAUGGUAGAUCAUCUAGGCCGUGUUUGGAUUAUGACUUUGUGAAGGAAAGCGCUUGUAUCGCUUUGGCAUUACGUGAUUGUGAUCAAACCAGUUUUCAGUGUGUGACAUGGAGGAAACAAAGUUAGGUGUAUAAGUCCGAGCCCUGAGGUGCUGCUACCUUUAUCUCUUUGUCUCAUUAGUCAUCACAAUUUUCUUGGAUUUCUGCUUUUAUCAUCAAUUUCUAUGAGCUGGAGUGGAAUUGGUAUGGGUGUACUCUGUUUUGAUUUUAAUUCUUUUGCAGCAAUUAUGUAGCAGCCCCUGUUGGCAUUUUAAUGUUCUACUUACAUUAGUUACUUGCUUUAUAUAUGAGAAACAGGAUAACCAAAUUAGUACUUCUAAAAAGAAA